UUGUUUCAGUAUCGAGGCCUAGAACUGGCAAAUGGCCUUCGAGUGCUUUUGGUUUCGGAUCCUGAAACUGAUAAAAGUGCCGCAUCUUUGGACGUUAAUGUUGGACAUUUGAUGGAUCCGUGGGAAUUGCCGGGGUUGGCACACUUUUGCGAGCACAUGUUGUUCAUGGGGACGGACAAGUAUCCUUCUGAAAAUGAGUACAGCAAAUUUAUUUCAUCACACGGUGGUGUAACAAACGCAUAUACGUCUGCUGAUCAUACCAAUUACCACUUCGACAUUGCUCCCGAAUAUUUGAGCGUUAGUCGAGCCUACGGUGCUUUGGAUCGCUUCGUGCAAUUUUUUCUUUGUCCUCUCUUCACAGAAAGUGCCACCGAAAGAGAAGUACGAGCUGUGGAUUCGGAGUUCUCCAACAGUCUUUUCAACGACCAGUGGCGUACACUACAACUUGAACGGCAAGCUAGUUUUCCGUCGCACGAUUACUGCAAAUUUGGUACGGGUAAUGAGAAAACAUUACUUCUUGACGCUCAGGAGCAGGGAAUCGAGCCUCGGGAAGCUCUGCUGGAAUUCCACAACAAAUAUUAUUCCUCGGAUAUUAUGGCGUGUUCCAUUCUGGGAAAAGAGUCACUGGACGAACUGGAAGAAAUGGUAACAUCGUUGAGUUUUGGAGAUAUUGCAAAGAAAAAUGUGGCAAGGAAAAUUUGGGAUGAGGGUCCGUACGGUGAGGAAGAGCUUGGCGCCAGAAUUGAGGUAGUGCCAGUGAAAGACUUGAGAAAUUUAAACCUCACUUUCCCAAUUCGAGAUUACAGAGAUGAUUAUCGCUCAACACCUACCAAUUAUAUUUGUUAG